AUGGAGGCUCCGCAAGAACGCCUGGCCUAUGUCGCCGUGCUCAAUCCCGAUUCCGGUGAGCCGGACGCCAUGACGGUGGUGGACUGCGAUCCCAACUCAGCGUCGUAUUCGCAGGUGGUCCACUCGUUGGAAAUGCCCAACGUGGGCGACGAGUUGCACCAUUUCAACUGGAACGCCUGCAGCGCGGCCCUCUGCCCGUCGUCGGCGCAUCCCCACCUGGAGCGCCGCUACCUGGUGGUCCCGAGCCUGGCCAACAGCCGGAUCUACAUCAUCGACACCCAACCCGACCCGCAGCGGCCGCGGAUCGUCAAGACCAUCGAGGCCGAGCAGGUGCGCCGGGCGGGCUACAGCCGCCCCCACACCGUUCACUGCGGGCCGGACGCGAUUUACGUCAGCGCCCUGGGCUCCGCGGACGGAGAUCGUCCCGGCGGCAUCAUGCUGCUGGACCACUAUACCUUUGAGCCCAUCGGGCCGUGGGAACUGGACCGGGGGCCGCAGGAACUGGCCUACGAUUUCUGGUGGCACAUCGGCCUGGACACCAUGAUGACCAGCGAGUGGGGCACGCCCGAGAUGUUUGAAAGCGGGGCCCGGCUCGAGGACGUGGUGGGACAAAACUACGGCCACGUACUGCACUUCUGGGAUAUGCGCCGCCGGGCCCAUCGCCAGGCCGUUGACCUGGGCGCGCAGCAUCAGAUGGCCCUGGAGCUGCGCCCGGCACACAACCCGACGCGGCACUACGGGUUCUGCGGCGUGGUGGUGAGCACCGAGGACCUUUCCGGCUCCAUCUUCCUCUGGUACCGGGACGGUGAGGAAUGGGCCGCGCGCAAAAUCAUUUCCAUACCGGCCGAGCCGGCAGACGCCGCGGAUCUGCCGCCGGCCCUGCAGCCCCUGGGCGCGGUGCCGCCGCUGGUCACCGACAUUGACCUCUCGCUGGAUGACAGGUUCCUACCGGCGAGCCUGGAGAUGGGCGGCGUGGUUCGCAAGGCGGCGCAUCCCACCGGGGCGACCCUGACCGGCGGUCCGCAGAUGGUGGAAAUCAGCCGGGAUGGUCGGCGCGUGUACCUGACCAACUCGCUGUAUUCGUCCUGGGAUGACCAGUUCUAUCCCGACGGGCUGAACGGCUGGCUCAGCCGCAUCGACGUGAACCCCGAGGGCGGAAUGUCGGUCAAUUCCGAUUUCUUCAUCGAUUACGGGAAGACCCGCAGCCACCAGGUGCGGUUGCAGGGCGGCGACGCUUCGUCCGAUACGUUCUGCUUCCCGUAG